UUUCCCCUCGCUGGAGUUCUGACUCUCUGCUCUGCCAACAGCAGACUUUCUUUGCAACCCUUUGUCUCUUGUCCCUCAUUGCCCACUAACGCCCUCUCGCCAUGCCCUCGACGACUGUGCCAGUCACACUGCUGCUCCUGGCACAGGUGGGCUUUGUGAGCCUUGAGGCCAUCCAGUGCCCACCGUGUUCUGAGGAAAAGCUGGCUCGCUGCAGGGCACCGAUGGGGUGUGAGGAGCUGGUCCAGGAGCCUGGCUGCGGGUGCUGUGCCACUUGUGCCUUGGCCAGAGGGAUGCCCUGCGGGGUCUACACACCGCGCUGUGGCUCAGGGCUGCGCUGUUAUCCACCAAGAGGUGUGGAAAAACCCUUGCACACGCUCAUGCAUGGCCAAGGGCUGUGCAUGGAUUUGGCAGAAGUUGAAGCCAUCCAAGAGAGUCUCCAGUCUACAGAACAGGAGGAGGUUGAACUCCCCAACAACAACUUCAGCCCCUGCAUCAACCAUGACAAAAAAUGCCUGCAGAAGCAGCAAGCCAAAGCACGUGAACGGCUGAACCACGGGGGCAAGAUGAGGAAUACUGGAAUACUAGCUGCCCGGGAGGAUACUCGGCAAGUGGUCCAAGGCUCAUGUCAGAGUGAACUUCACAGAGCACUGGAGAGAUUAGCAGCAUCCCAGACCCGGACCCAUGAAGAUCUGUACAUCAUCCCGAACUGCGACCGCAAUGGGAAUUUCCACCCCAAACAGUGUCACCCGGCAUUGGAUGGGCAACGAGGGAAAUGUUGGUGUGUGGAUCGGAAAACUGGGAUCAAGCUGCCAGGAAGCCUGGAGCUCAAGGGAGAUCUAGACUGCCACCAACCUACAGAAGGAGCCCAAGUGUGACUUGACUGAUAAGAAGAGGACAUUGGGUAUUCCUUGGUGAGCUGCCAAGGAAACCAAAAUGGUGCUGUUGGAAGAACAGAUAAAACACCCACUGGGACAUUACCACCCUGGGAGGGUAUUUUGGGGGGAGGAGGAAUGAUGGCAACAUCUGCUCCCUCUGUAACUUCAUUAAUCCAUGCAUGACAGCCAACCCACACAUCCCUGGGGCAUUUAAUUUGUAGCAACUUACAGCCAGAGUUCUUCCCUCAUGGACUUUGGAAAUGACAUUUUGUUCCAGCGACCCUUGAUGACAAAAGCCCUACAAGCUUUAAUCUUAAAUUCUUGGGUGGGGGGAGAAGGGAGUCUUUUGAUAGAGUUCCCCAGUAGAUGGAGAAUUCUCUUCUUCAAGGGUUUCUGCUGAGAAAUGGAAAACUAUGGAGGGAACCUUCUGUACCAAUUCCUCCCCCAAACUAAGCAGGCCAAACAGCUCUUGGUCAACCCCUUACCUUCCCCAUCCUCCCGCCCCAGCUUAGUGCACUCUCCUGCUUUAAGGCAGGGGCAAUAGAGGCUUAAUGUGUGGAAGUAAGCCAUUGGAGCUUUUCAUGACAUGGAGGGAAAGAAUUUUGGUAUUUCCUGAAGAUCAAACUGAUAUCAAUGCAAGGGCUCAGUCCCAGAACAGAAUACUUUUGAAUACACUCAUAAAGUGCACCACACAAACACAUACACAAUCUGCUUCUAUUCACACUUCUCACACUUCCCAGACCAAGAGGAAACCUAACGAAAGUGCAUGCAAACAAUAUGCAUAAUUUUUACAAACAGCCGAAUUCAACUCAACUGCUGUAGAAUUAUGAACUUUUGAUUGAAGCACUGAAUACCUACCCAAAGACUGGCAUAGUUUCAAGGCUAACUUGUGUAGAUGCCGCCCCCCCCCCCCAACUGAAAUAGAGCACCCUAGUCUGGAUGGGCUUCCAGCAUCCAGCACAGCUGGAAUCAAACUCAUUUGAGAGCUCGAGUGAUAUAGUGAAUAGAAGUUCAAAGCAUGAUGGGAAGAUCUGAAUUCAAAUAACGAUGAAGCUCAGUGGGUGAUCUUGGGUCAGUUACUGUUUCUCAACCUUAAAAUAACCCACCUCACAGGUUUGUUGUGAGGAUAAAAUGAAGGAAAGGGAAGCCAUGUAUUCAGCCUUGAGGUCCUUGGGAUAAAUAUGUGGUAGUAAUUCCCCUUGUUGUAGAUAAGAGGGCCCUUCUGGGAGAAAUUACCAGCCAUGUUGGCUGGUUGAGAAGAAAAGAGAGUGCCCCCAAGUACUUUUUAUAGUGGGAGGAUAAUGUGCCUCCUCAGAUGAAAUUAUUCCCAAUGAUCAGUGAGUUACACCCUUUUCCAGAGAUCAGCAAAUCCCAUGUCAGAUAUACCUUGGACAGGAUGCUUUUUAAAAAACUAUCCAGGAAAGGAUCGGUUGAGCUCCUGCAACUGCACCUGCUUCUCUUAACCGAGGCAUUCCCUGGGAGCAAAGUCUUCAUUGCAGGAUCAGAAAAAUCAUGUGGUACUGCUCUUGCUGGAUUAAAUCAUUUCACAUGGCAGCGUAAGCAAUAGCAUGUUUGAAUCCUGUCCCAUCUAAAAACUCUCAGGAUGUAGGAAAAAAAUAACAAGUUGGAUAGAAUGCUCACCUAUCCCACUGCUUUCUAACAAAGAGAGUUUUGUUUGUUUUUACAUUGGAGACCAUUCGAAUACCAGAUCCCCACAUCCUCCAUUUUGGAGUGGUACAGUUCAACAAGAGUCAGAGAUCCAGAGGAGUUAGCCAUGUUAGUCUGUAGUAGCAAAAUAGUAAAGAGUCCAGUACCACCUUUAAGACUAACCAACUUUAUUGUAGCUUUUGAGAAGCAUCUGACGAAGAGAGCAGUGGUUCUCGAAAGCUUAUGCUACAAUAGAGUCGGUUAGUCUUAAAGGUGCUACUGGACUCUUUACUAUUCAACAAGAGUGUGCACUAUUCUGACAACUGCAGAGCUAAAUUCUAGGUUACCUGAACUCCAAGAAUCGAGUCCAGUGCACCUUAAAGACCAACAAGAUUUUCAGGGUAUAAGCUUUUGAGUAUCAAGCUCUCUUCAUCAGAUACCAUCUGGUGAAGGGAGCUUUGAUUCUUGAAAGCUUAAACCCUGAAAAUCUUGUUGGCCUUUAAGGUGCUACUGGACUUGAAUCUUGGUGCAGACCAACACCACUACCCACUUGAAACUAUCUGAAAUCCAAGUACCCUAAAAUUGCUAGCUGGUAGAUCAUAGCAUGUGACUAUCUCCACAAAUCCCUUGAUUAUAUUGCCAGCAACACUUAAGUGACUGGUGACAUUGUUCACUUACUCAGCAGCAGUUGGCUCAGUUACCAGUGUAGUAAUUUUCUUAGCAUCAGGCCAUGACAGUUUAACACCUUUCAAUACCAUAAUCUGUGCACAGCAGUUACACAUACAGUCAAGAUUUUAAGGUGGCAACUGGGGAGGCAGACUGCCUAAAUUGCUUGAAGCAGCAAUAUCAUUUCUGGGUAGAGACCCUGAAGUGAUGUCAUCACAUUGCAUAGCACUCUAGGAUUCCCCUGAAACUCUGCGGUGAAAAACAGUUUUGGGGGAAUCCCAGAAAGUAGUAAUGCACUACAUUGAGAGGGAAAAUACAUUUCCCCCAUGUACUAUGUAAUCAUUGCUAUGGCAUACAAUUGCCAUGCAGAAAGUGGUUUUACAAUUGCAACUAGCACGUCUUGCAUAUUUCUUGCAAUGCAGUUUAUAAAAAACAAAUUAUGCUUUGCUGCAUUGUAAACUUUAAUUAUGCACUAAAUGGCUGUGUGAGCCCUGCUUUGUUUCUAAGCCUGAAAAGCAGCUAAGGUUCUACUCCCCUGCCACUAUUCGAUUUUUUUCAAUGCUCUCCGCUGUCCUUCCGUACCUUACAUGGAGGCAUAUUAUCAUGCAACUAGUGCUGGAUUGGGGCUUGCAGGAGUAUCAUGUUGAAUAUAAAGUGUGAUUGGGGGCACACUCAUUCUGAUCAGGCUGGAAGGUUCUAAAAAACAUAUGUUGCCAUGUGUUUUUAAUGCACUGAAACCUAGCCAUAAGAGGGGAUGCAAAGGAUAUUAUACAGAUUUGUGAAAAACACUUGAAAGUUUAUUUUGAAAAUUGUGAAAUGUUUUGUUUUUCUAUAAUCAAGGUAAUUUUGCACACCAUACCAAAAAAAAUCCCCCAAACAAGAGCUACUUUUCACCAAGACAAAUUGACACUCAUUGGCUCAAUACUGCCUACAAUCUAUCAACACUAGUAUAACACCAUUUUCUUAGGACCAACAACAAAUCACAAAGCAAUGAGAAAGUUCUCAAUAUUCAGGCUGGAUGUUCAGUUUAAUUUCUUUCCAACAGUAUUGAGAUGUAGGAGAGGAGCUGCUACGCACAUUCUACUGGGUUGGACUGUCCUGCACAAAGCAGAAUGCGGCGAUAUCAGAACAGAGCAGCGCCUAUUCUAAUGCCUUUCACUGGUUCUCUAUGGUAUUAGUCAGAAUUCAGGCCACUUGAAAGCCUUAAUUUAGAAGUCCAGAGAUUGAGGCCUACACAUGGCAGCCAUUGACUGGCAUCUCCCUGCUACCAUCUUACAAAAAGAUGGCAUUUAAUGUAAUGGCACCACAUUCACAUGAGGCUGCCUUUAUAUUGUAUCAGAAGAACAUCAGACCAUCAAGGUCAGUAUUGUUUACUCAAACUGGCAGAAACUCUCCACAGUCAAGCCAAACUACAAGUGACGAAUAACACUUGCCUGGCAAGUGAACAGACUCACGUGUAUUCCUCCCUGUUCACUUUCCAUUUACUUGCGCUCCACAGACUCAAGUGUAUUCCUCCCUGUUCACUUGCCAUUCACUCGUGCUCCACAGACUCAAGUGUAUUCCUUCCUGUUCACUUGCCAUUCACUUGCGCGCCACAGGCUCAUGUGUAUUCCUCCCUGUUCACUUGCCAUUCACUUGCGCUCCACAGGCUCACGUGUAUUCCUCCCUGUUCACUUGCCGUUCACUUGCGAUCCACAGACUCAAGUGUAUUCCUUCCUGUUCACUUGCCAUUCACUUGCGCGCCACAGGCUCAUGUGUAUUCCUCCCUGUUCACUUGCCAUUCACUUGCGCUCCACAGGCUCACGUGUAUUCCUCCCUGUUCACUUGCCGUUCACUUGCGAUCCACAGACUCAAGUGUAUUCCUUCCUGUUCACUUGCCAUUCACGUGCGCUCCACAGGCUCACGUGUAUUCCUCCCUGUUCACUUGCCAUUCACUUGCGAUCCACAGGCUCACGUGUAUUCCUCCCUGUUCACUUGCCAUUCACUUGUGCUCCACUUGAUCAAGUGGAGAGCAAGUGAAUGGCAAGUGAACAGGGAGGCAUACACGUGAGUCUGUUCACUUGCCGGGCAAGUGUAAUUCGUCACUUGUAGCUUGGCUCUAAGUAGAGGUCUUUCAUAACCCCUACUACAUGAUCCAUUUUUUAACUUGAGAUAUUAGGAAAUGAUUGAACCUUGGACCUUCUGCAUGCCAAGAAGACACUACCACUGAAUCUCAGCUUUUCCCUAUUAAAGUGCUCUUUACUUGAAUGGCAAGUGGAUCGAGUGGAGAGCAAGUGGAGGGCAAGUGAACAGGGAGGAAUACACUUGCUGUUCAAGUGUCAUUUGUCACUUGUAGUUUGGCCAUCACCACAUACACAGCAAGCAAAAGUCUGACACAAUAGCAGGCUUUUAUUAAUCAUUACUAGGGAGAUAAGGUCAUCAAUAGCCACGUGUCCCCUUUAAUGUCUGCGUGCAACUGCUCUUUAAUGGACCUGAGGCCCUUCUCUCAUUGGAUUCAAAAGAAGGGCAGAACCACGUAUGACUUUAUGCCUGCAGCAAACCACUUCUGAGUGGUGACUCUCCUAGUCUUGCAAUAUUCAUCAGGCUUUUUGUGUGUAAUUAGUGCAGCAAAUUUCUGCUUAAUACGUUGAUUUUUUUUCAAUUGCUGUGAAUUUUACUGUUCUUAAUCAUUUUUUUAAUUGUAAAGUAAUUACAGUUGUACAUUGCUUACAUCAAACAUUUCUUGGAAAAGCUAUUUAUAAACACUACAAAUAAAUGAUGAUUAAAAAAAAAUAGUGCCCACUUUCCACACCUGUGCCUCCAGGGAAAUUCAACACAGGUAAGGAAAUGCUCCAGAAGUCUGGGAUGAUAAACACAGCAAGCGGCACUAGAUUUUAUAGUGAGAUGAGGAGAAUCACCAUAAAGAAAGGUGUUAAGGUAACCACAUGCCAUGAGUUUUGCUCUGUCAAUUACUGUGAAUGGGUGUAACACUGUUUUGUUUUGUUGCAUAAAAAGAAGUUUGAUGUGAGUCAGGGAUUUAACAAAAGUAUCUCAAUGUUUCUUUAAUGGCUGUGGAUAUUUCCUGAACAGGAAAAGCAGGGGUGGAGUGGUGUGUCAGAGAGAGAAACAGUUGCUUUUGGAGAAGGAAUGGACAUAGAGAAUUACUAGCUGAAUUUAACUAAAACUGGAAGUUGUUCUGCCUGUGAAAGGAAGUGCUCGAUUUGCCUCCACGUAUGUUCCGCUUGUAUAUUUGUAAAUAAAGCAAUUAUGACAAAAGACA